CCUCUCACACUUCUCAUAAAUAUUACUAUGCUUUCAUCUAACGACUUACAUCAGUAAGUCACCACGACUUCGGGUUUAAACAAGCUGUCUUUGCGCUAGUUGUUUAGUGACACUGGAGAAUAUAUGAGUUAUCUUGGAUCAGUUGUUUAUACCCGCUCCGUAUACUUUGCUGUCUGUUUCUUUCUUUAAUUCUGACUUUGUGCGCCAGUUGCGCUCCGAGAAAACAAGGACCCGAUCUCUUUCUCCCCUUUAAACUGUUCUGGCUCCCGGCUACUGCGUUUCCCUCAGCCAGUCCAAGACUUGGACUGACUCUACCAAGACUUGACGGAACCGAUCCUACAACGUGACACCUGGAUUUGUGCGAAUCGUGGAGAAUCUGCCAAAAAGUUGAAGAACCGGACAGCACUGAAAUAAACUGGUUCCAGAGGAUACGGAACGCAGAUGUUAUCAUUAAUCAGCUUUGAUCACAAAUAUACACAGAGCCAGUAACCGUGGAUUUUGACUCGUCAGAAGUACUGAAAGUAUUCCUGAAAAGAAAGUAUCCACGAUGAGCAAACCCGCUGGUUCAACAAGUGGCUGUUUAGAUAUUCUCAAUGUUAAAUCAAGUCGUAUAUUGGAUAUCCCGUGUAAAGUGUGCGGCGACCGCAGCUCGGGUAAGCACUACGGCGUGUACGCCUGUGACGGCUGCUCAGGGUUCUUCAAGAGGAGCAUUCGCAGAAACAGAACCUACGUCUGUAAAUCCGGCUCACAGGGGGGAUGCCCCGUGGACAAAACGCACAGAAACCAAUGCCGAGCGUGCCGCUUGAAAAAGUGUCUGGAAGUGAACAUGAAUAAAGACGCCGUGCAGCACGAGAGGGGUCCAAGGACAUCUACCAUACGCAAGCAGGUCGCCCUAUAUUUCCGGGGGCACAAAGAGGUGAAUGGUUCAUCGACCCAUUUUCCGGGUUCGUCUCUAACGGGGCCACCGUUCUUCACUACGGUCACGCAACUGGAGCCACACAAUUUGGAGAUGAGCACGGUAGCCAGCACCCCGGAGAGACAGACCAUUGUGGGCCUUGCACAACCACGCCCAAGGUAAAAGUACCCUCACGAGGUCAGCGGCACGCCAAUGUACUUGUACGAGGUCGCCACCGAGUCCGUGUGCGAGUCUGCUGCGCGCCUGCUGUUUAUGAGCAUCAAGUGGGCAAAAAGUGUUCCUGCCUUCUCCACUCUUCCGCUACCUGACCAGCUGAUCCUCCUUGAGGACGCCUGGAGAGAGUUGUUUGUACUGGGCAUCGCGCAAUGGGCCAUCCCCGUUGACUCCAACACUCUUCUUGCUGUUUCCGGCAUGAACACAGACAAUACAGAGUCCCAACGAUUGAAUAAGAUCGUCUCAGAAAUACAGGCACUGCAAGAGGUCGUUACCCGUUUCAGGCAGAUGCGUCUAGACGCCACCGAAUUCGCCUGUCUGAAGUGCAUCGUGACAUUCAAAGCCGUACCAACCCACAGUGGUGCUGAGUUGAGAAGUUUCCGUAACGCCAGCGCCAUUGCCGCUUUACAAGAUGAGGCCCAGCUCACUCUCAACAGCUACAUACACACUAGAUAUCCAACUCAGCCCUGUCGCUUUGGGAAGCUGUUACUCCUGCUGCGCCUCAGGUCUGUCAGCCCGUCCACCAUCGAGGAGGUCUUCUUCAAGAAGACCAGAAACGUCCCCAUAACAAGGCUGCUCUCUGACAUGUACAAAUCAAGUGACAUAUGAAUUUUGGAAGAACAAGAGUCACACAUUUGGAGAGGAGUGUCCAUGAGUGGGCACACAGACAGAGACAUAGAAAGGAGCACUGGGGUUGUAGCAUUCGUUUUCUGAAGGACGCAAAGUGUCAAGUUAUCCUUGUUUAUUUUGAUACAGUUCAGCAUUAUUACAGCAUGUUGACACGAUUGUAAAACAGCUUGAUUUCACCAAGUAGGUUAGAGAAUAACCGUUACCUUAAAGCCAAGGUUGCAAAUUCUCUUAUAGAAUUGGAUGUAGCAUAUUGAAAAUCUUCAGAAGGCACUGCCAGCUUUGGUUUACAUACAUAGGCCUACUAAAUCUAUAUAGUUGUAAAUAAUCACUCGGGGAUGAAAACCUGUGUAUAACAAAGGACUUUGAAUCUUUCCUGAUGUUUUUGAGUGUGUGCAAGACCAAUGAGCUUCACAACCAAUGCAUUUUCAAUCCUUUAUUGCAAUGUUCAAUCCGAGCGACUGGAAGAAACCAAAAAGACGACGCCGGUCUACGACAACGGGAUUUGUCCAAACUGUCUGUCAUUGACCCAGGGCUGAAACCAAACACGGUGGCGCGUCAGAACUGCGCGACAAGGCGCACGCAAUGGAUAGGGGGAGAAAUUAGGUCAGGUGGGAGCUCUUAACUAUUCCCCACGAGCCCCGCUGACCUGACCUGCAACAGCUCACUCAUGGACUUAAAUAAGCCGCCUCAAAUUGUCUGUUGGACUCUUGAUACAAGUUUAAUUUGAGCGUUCAGGUGUCUUUGGUCAUCGUGUGUGUGUUGUUGUGUUCGUGUGAGGCGCAGCAUUAAAAACUUUAGCCUUUGUGAUUUUUCACACUAACACUGAAAAACAAAUGUUCAGCACUUGAAUUUUUUGCUUGCUGUAAAUAUUUUUUCUGUUGUACAAAGUGGGAGUUUUAACUUGUGAGAGGUGUACUGAAAUAUAAUAGAAUAAAACAAAAAUAACUA